UCAGAACUUCCGUUUGUUUCUUCUACAAGAGUUCGUCUAGUGAGAAAGUUCUCCAGCAUAAAUCAUCUUCAUUAUCAUCAGGGUUCCCCGUCUUGUUGCAAGAGGAUUGCGUUGAAUCGGAAAGGAGCUCUUCGCCGCAAUGCAAGCUAUCAAAUGCGUGGUUGUAGGAGACGGGUAAUAUAAACGCGUUCCGAUAUGAUUACUAGCUAAAUCAUCUGAAAAAUUCUUCUCUUCAUAUUUCUCUCAAAUAGUCUACUUUAUGCUCUUAUUUAGCCUUUGUGAACUUCAUACGCUUUUAUCUCCGAAGUUAUGAUGUUUGGACGCCCUCUAAUGGCGCUAUAUCGGUGUCCAAUGCUAUUAUAAUUUCGCUAGCUACCGGCGUUGCCGUGCGCUCUUCUACUCAUGGAUCAAAAGAAACGUGUCCAUACGUAUUUGUGAUGCUUGUGUUCGUUAGUUUCAACUUCUAGAAGCGUUUGAGCCCGUUAGAGAUGUUAUUAUUGAUCAGCAUAUACUUUUUCUUCUUUUAGUGCCGUUGGCAAGACUUGCUUGUUAAUCAGCUACACUACAAAUGCCUUUCCGGGGGAGUAUAUUCCAACGGUGUAAGUACAGCGUUGCUUGUUCAUUUAGCAGUUAUAUCAUUAUGAUAUUUUAUUUUCACAGAUCAGUUAUUAGUUGUUGGACGUACUGUUCAAUUAUUUGUUUGUAAUUUCGUUGUCAACAACCACUGAAGCCGUAAUGAUCAAAUUGCCUUACUCUUCUCCCUUCAUCAGAUUCGAUAACUAUUCAGCAAAUGUAAUGGUCGAUGGAAAGCCCAUAAAUCUUGGAUUGUGGGAUACAGCGGGUAUGUCCUGAGCUUUCUGUCGUUAAGAUUAUUCUUAACUCGAAAUUUGUGCAGUAAGGUUGAUUCUAAAGGAAUCUUUCAAGGUUUCUACCGGUAUAACAAAUUAUCAAUCACACAAUCGGAAUAAUAAUCUAACUCCAAUACACGUCACAUUUCGAUACAUUUACUGCUAACUGGAUGCGAGGUCUGCAUUAUUGCAGGUUUUGUAAAGUAGUGUGAUGUUUGAAUUAAUAAUUUGUUGUGUCGGGCAAAUCAAUCAUGCACCGGCAUUUUAGAGCAAAUUGACAACUUUAACAAUAUAAAAGACCAUAACUAUCGCUUUCUGUUAGUAAUGUAAUUUAUUGUUUUUUUUGCACUGUGGUCAAGAAAUAGUGGAAUUACUUUAAGUGUUAAUCUUGUUAGCUUGUACAUUGUGUCUGGUGCAUGUUACUUUAAUAUGGGAACGUGAUGUCAUAAAAUAGUAUGUCUGGUGGAUCUGUAGAUAGUUCAUGCCAUUCUUUAUGAAGAGAAGACAGAACAAUUGUUGACAGUGUAAAAUUCCAACAGCGACAUUUCAGUACUGACUGAAUUUGUUACGUCUUACAGGUCAAGAAGACUAUGACCGGCUACGUCCUCUGUCAUAUCCUCAGACAGUAAGUGUUAGCACCAAGAAAAAUGGAAGCAUUGUAAAACUUACUGUGCCACCAAAUAUCAGACCUUUGUCAUUCUUAGCCACGUUCUGAUAUAACAGUCUUAGUUUACCUUUGGAUUAUUCCAGAAAAAAUCCACACCCCCACAACGGAAGGCAUGCUGGAAAAUCUCAUGGGAGGGGGGGUUAACGGAUCUGGAAAUUCAGAUGUGAGGGGGGCUCUGAACCUAAAAAUACAUCCUCGGGGGUAACUUUCGAUUUCAUCGAUGUUUCAAUCGCUUCAAUCGAUAAGUUUUCAAAAAAUUGCUUUGCCUUUUCAAAUUUUAUUAUUCUUUCAAACUACAGACCUCUUACCACAUUUAUUUUAAGUUUCCAUCCAUAGGCUCACCCUCGUUACUUUCGUAGAAGCGAUGUGCGAUAACUUGAAGAUAUGAAGAAAAAAAGCGCUCAGUUCAAGUAAAGCAAACAAUGAUUUUACCUUGAAUUAUACAUUUUUCCAAGGUUAAUGCUAUUUCAGGGUGAUUUACCACUAAACAGGCCUUACAACCACAUUUUGUAAGCGUGGUUGCUCGUGAUUGUUAGGCGGCCAUUUUGAAAGGCAAGUGUUGUGGCAAGUUGUACAGCGCAUCAUGUAAUAUCGUGCUAAGUGUCCUUUUUCUUUCUUUCUCGGUCAUUUUUUAUCGACAAAGAAGAGAACCAUUUAUUUGAGAACAUAGUUAGUUUUGAGCUUUAUUGUAGUAUAUAUUGCUGUAUAUUUUGCCUGUUCUAGAAAAAAAGAGAAAUCACUCAAAUACAAGCUUAUUUGCAAAAAGUGUAAGCCUGUUUAAGAAGAUGUGAAAAUGGAAUCUUAACAUUCACAACAAACACAGAAUUCACGGAAAAUUGAGACUCAUUUAACAAAAAGAUUAUCUGAGUGCCUAAAAGGAUUCUUCUACAUUGAGUGUAAAGUAAAAUCACUUUGUCUAACAAUUUUAUGGAAAUCCAGAUGGGUGGGGGGUCUUUGAACUUGGAAAUCCUGAUUGGAGGGGGGCUCUAGCAGUGUUGGAAAUCCAGGUGGAUGGGGGGGUCAAAAAACCGUGCCUUCCGUCGUGGGGGUGUGGAUUUUUUCUGGAAUAACCCAUUUGUAGGUCACAAGUUGGUAUAUGCACACUUAAGCCUGAGAAAACAGCCAACAUUUGACAACGCUACCACUGGUUUCCCAGCCAAAUAACAUCUGAGAAAAGAGUGCAGAAAUUCCCAACUUAUGACGUGUUACCACCCAGAUCUGGGUAGUGCCCCUGAUUGGUCAUGGCGCGUGGGAAAUUCCCAGAUCUGGGGUAGUGACACAUCAUCGGUAUAGAAUUUCUGUGCUCGUUCUCAGACGUCAUUGGCAGGGAAACCAGUAGUAGUGUUGCCAAAUGUUGGCUGUUUUCUCAUGCUAUGUAAACUUCAGCAUCAAAAACACUUGAAAAUAGGUUUCCAUCAAUCAAAUGCUGCAGACAUCAGCUACUGGUAUUAGUUUUUUGGGUUAGUUUUUUAUUGUGCACAAGAGGAACAUGUGAAGUAGGCUCGAUUACCAGCCACUGUCCGGGAAAUGAGCCCACAAUCCUCCCUAGAAGAGACAGCAGGACUCAUGGGUUUGCUGUUAUUGAUUUCCACCAGUCAGAUCGUUGCCUGCUCAAAUCGAACAGGCAGCAGAUUUCAAAUGGUGGAUACAAAGGUGUUGUUUGAUGUAAGGUGCAAUCUUGUUAUAGAGCGUUUAAGCUUAAAACCCUGAAAUAUUGCCAAAGAAAAGUGUUAGAGAAACUUUAAAUGGUAAGGAUGAUUUUGGUACUUCAACCAACUGGAUCUGGAUCAUUAAUCAUUUUCCAGUCUGCACCAAUGGUUGUUGACAAGUAACAUGUAAGAGAUGACUUUCAAGUCCAUUCCUCUUGUAGUGGCUCUGUCAAUUUGUAGCCUGCUCAUUCUGCCUUCCCCAGGCAUUUUUCAGGCAUUUGUCCUUUAAAUCCCCACAGUCGGGCUUUUGAAAGAGUGCCAGCAAAGUGGGACAACUGAAUUCCGAAACCUGGUUCAGCUUAAUCACCGUAUUUUAUAAUACACCAUGCAAAACUAUCCGUUUUCAGAAAGGCUCAUUGAACAGCGUACACAACACGCUAGCUCAACUUUAUUUAGAAUUUCUUUGCACCAUUUUAUAAUGCAGUCAUAAACUGAGUUCUUCUUCUUAGUUCCCUCAAGACAGUUUAAUCGUCUGUAAAUACUAAUCCCUUUAACCCCCUUCAAUGUCAUGUAUAUUCUAAUGCAUGCAAACAUCAGCAUGGUAAGGUUUAAAUAUAAAGUAGCUAUUAAUUUGUAUGAAUCUCGCCCAUGUGAUGAUCAGUUUUCAGCCACAUAUUAAAGUGAUAAGUAACUGGGGAUCAAUCACUUCCUCACUUAAUUGGUGGGGGUAGGAUCCAGUUGACUACAAAAGUUCAGGAUUGACCUAAGGGAUGUUUAUCAACUCAGGUUUUAUAUUGUUAUAUUGGGGGUAAUCAGAAAAUCUAAAGUGAACAAUGUGUUACGAAUGACUUUUAAAAUCUGAAAUAUAAUGUUUCUUUGACAAUGCCCUACCCUCUGUCGACCUGUUGUAGCAAAUGCCCCAGUCUUGGUAAGGAAAAGGUAGAAAAUGCAAUGUAAUUUCACUCCAAAGUUCGCUGAUGCAAUAUCAAUGAAAUUCCCCUUAACUAAAUCAGUACGUGUUUCUGCUGAUUUUUUUGGCGAAUACCAAAGUGACGAAGAGGGAAAACUUAUGUGUUUGGCGUUUAAUGACAUUUCCCAUUUCCGGUUUUUUCGUGAAGAUGCAUUAACAAAAUUUUGAAUUACGUCACAAACAUGAUCAGCCACUCAUGCGUCCAGCUCUCUCUUCUCAGCAAAGGCUGAAAGAAAGGUGGAAAUUGAGCCUACACUCGAAGGGGAGAGGAGAUGCCUGCGACAAAAGCCCUACUGUUCCGUUUUCUACGUUCUCUGACAGUGUCUAAAAUUCCAUUGGGUAAGAGUGCCUCGACGGAGUUAGUCUGUUACCUCAAUGCAUUAUUUGUCGGUCUACGGCAAUUUGAGUUUUAAAAACAAAACACAUAUGCGGCGCAUUCUCAGCAAGAGAUGACAAUGGCAAAAGAACUAUUUGAAUUGUGCUUGCAAUAGUCUACAAGAACUUUUGAAAGAGCUUUGCUCAAAGAGAUUUUCAUUUACUUUAAAGGUAUACUGGGCAACCAAAAGCAUUGCACCAUCUUUUUCUUGGUAAAGAUCUCUUAGCAGUAUUACCACAUAGGUUCGGAAAAAGUUUGAUUUUCUAGUUGUUUUUCCAUUGAUUGGGGUGUGAAGAUCAGAACCCGGCUUUGCAAGUAUGGUUUUUAUUUCCUACGUUGCAGAUUAAGCAGUAGAGGUAAUUUGUAUGGAAAUUUCAGCAUGUGACACGAAAACAAACCUGGAAUGUUUGAAAGAAAUACCAGUAAAAUUAUGAGAUGGUUCAAGUGUCAUUUAAAGUGUAGAUGGACAAAAGAUUUAAGAAUUCAUUUAAGUCACCAUCACACAAAUAUGACAGUGUCUUUAGUUGACGAAGCCGGUGACCUUGACAGUACAGAAGUAAAUGUGUUUCUCAUGUUUGCCAAUCGCCACUUAUUUAAAAUUGUAUCGUUUGCUUUAUGAACUAUUAACCAAAUACAUAAUUAUUUUUCCAAUUGGGUCUGAUUUUGGUUUCAUGUCAUUAGGUAAUCAAUCAUUUUUUUGACAGUCAAUGCAACAUUUGCAUUGGGAGAAUUAAUGGAAAACCAGGGUCUCCACUGCUGGUGCCUCCUCUCUCCCUACUCCCCUCGUUCACACGUGUGUCCCUGCCAUGCAGGCUAGUUUCAACUGUUUCCCUGAGGGAAAUAUAUCUUCUAAAGAAAUUUGUGGUAAACUAAUAUGUUCACUUUGUUCUCUUUUCAGGAUGUUUUCCUAAUAUGUUUCUCCUUAAUAAGUCCAGCUUCAUAUGAAAAUGUUCGAGCAAAGGUAAAGAUGUUGCCUUCAUAUCGUCUUAUGUAGAUAUAAGGUUGUUAAACCUCUGUCUUAAAGGAUGCUUUUGACUAAAAAUUGGUUUCAUUCAGUGGGUGGCAAGAUGAUGGUGAUUGGUUUUAGGGCCUGUGGUCGAAACAUAGCAGGCAAUCAGAAAAUUAUCACAGUCAUGGACAACUAUAUGUAUGUAGCUAUUGAGCUCCAGGGAUCUUUUUUGAAAAGGUUCUUUAGCCAUUCUAAAAAGUUUUAGGCUUCAAAGAGGGCAAAGAAAAACUAGUGCUAAACGGCAUCCGAGAUCAAAUCCUGUCACAACAACGCACCUACAGAAACAUAAAACCACAGGAAAUACGUGUAAUAACUCAAUAUACAUGAGGCAUACCAGCUUCAUGACCUCUGAAUUCAAGAAUCAAAGGCAAAAAUAAGAUUUGUUCAGUAUAAGUUUAUGGUACCCCAUGCACUGGGAUCCAUAAUCUACGCACUAGAAAGAAAAGAAGGAAACCUCAAGCAAACGCCAAGAUCAUGUUUUACACUAUCACAAGCUUAUGAGUUGCGACUGACCUGUCAAAACUAUUUCAAACUAAUGACUUUCCGUAUCCAAUGGGAAGGCUUGCAUAAGAUCCUGGAUUAGGGCUUGUAAGAAUAUUUUUCUUGCACGGUACAGAGUAAAGUGAUUUUAAAAAUGUCUCUCUCUCAAUUGCUUGAUGGAAAUAAGUCGCAAGCACCGGCAUUUUGAGACAUGAAACAUGAGCCACGAAAAUUUUGGUCAGCCGAAACUACUGUUUUUAAUUUAUGCAAGUUUACUCCCAUACAAGAUUAGCAGAGUGAAUCACAGAUGCCCCUUCUCCUAUUUUCUCUCAGGGGAGUGGGUGGCUGUACACGGGCUAAGAAGCCUAAAGAAAACAAGACUUAUGUCAUAAAAACGAACUAGCAUUCAGAGACAAUAUAAUUUUAGCCUGUUGUUCUCAAAACAGUAUUUUGUUUCUUAUUUAGUGGUACCCUGAAGUCAGUCACCACUGUCCAAGUACACCGAUCAUCUUAGUUGGAACCAAGCUUGAUUUACGUGAUGACAAGGAAACAAUCGAUAAACUAAAAGACAAGAAGCUUACGCCUAUAACCUAUCCACAAGGCUUGAGUAUGGCCAAAGAAAUUGGUGCAGUUAAAUACCUCGAAUGUUCAGCUCUUACACAGAAGGGACUGAAAACAGUUUUUGAUGAAGCAAUCCGAGCAGUUCUAUGCCCUCAGCCAAAAGCCAAGAAGAAGAAAUCUCUUUGUCUGUUGUUAUAAAUUUAAUGUUGUAAAGGGAUAUGAGACUGUAACACACUCUUUGUGGAUUUAUUCUGGUUUGAUCUGUCAAUUCCUUUAGUAAUUUGUGUGGGAAAACAUUAGACUGGUCUCCUAUUGGUAAGUAUAGAAAAAAAACACUAGACAAUGCCCAUUUGGGUCAUUUGCACAUUACUUCACUGUAGGUUGGUGUGCUUGGUGUACAUACUGACAUCCUGCUACUAGUAUGGUGUUGGAAUUUUUUAAAGGCCUAUUUCCUUUGGUAUUUUUUCUAUGAAUGUUGCUGUGAAUUCCACUGCAAUGUCAUAACAAUUUUGUUGCGAUUGAAAAAAUUUGCAUUCUACAGUUACCAUACAGGACAUCUGAUACAAUAAAGUACUUAUUGUCCAAGAGACCCAAGAUAGAUUCUUUACUACCUUCAAGAAGAAAUUUGAAGAAAAAAUGCAUCAAAUUUCAUAGAGUUUUGAGACAGCAGUGAUUUUGUAGGGAUAAAUCACUGAGAUGUUGUCGUUAGUUUACACAUGUAAUGUGAUUUAUGCACCACAAAUUGCAGCAAAAAUGGCACUAAAACUCACCCGGGUAAAUGGGCCUUUAGUUUGUUUCGGUUUUUUAAGUUAGUCAGCAGGAGGAUGUUGUUUUAUGAGAAUAAAUUGAACCGAACUGAACAAUGUAAAAAACAGUUUACCUAAUUGUUUACAAAAUUAAUAUUUUUUCUAUAAUUAUUUUAAGUUUAAAGGCAGGCCAGUCUUUCUCUUUCAUAUUAGAGGAAAACCUCCUUAAUACAAACACCAAAGGGAGAGAACCACCGAGUGUCAACAUGACAGAGGUGUUAUUACCAAUGUAAUCGUAAGAAGCUUGGUGUCUCUGGGACCAAGAGAGCUGUCUUGUACUAAAGAGGUUUCCAUAAGGAGAGGUUGGACUGUAUUUUACCUGAUUGUUCAUCGCUAAGUAAUUUCUUUGUCAAGUUUUCUGUACCCAUGUACACCAAUCUUUUUUUUGAUUCCCUCUUGUU